UAUUUCUUCACCUUCAGCAGAGCAAUGUCUUUUGGGCUUCCGUCUUUGCCGUACAAAAACAAAUAUGGCGUCUUCUGCGGAUGUUCAUGUUCGGAUUUGUGCACAAGAAAUUAUAAAAUAUGACUUGGAAAUUAAGGCUUUCAUACAGGACAUCAGGGAUUGCCCUGGACCUCAGUCAGCUCUCUUAGAGCUCAACUCUCAGGUCAAAGGACAGUUCAACAAGCUCAGGCUAAGAAUACAGGAUUUGGAACAGAUGGCUAAAGAGCAGGACAGAGAGUCAGACAGACUGGCCAUCCAGGCAGAGGCAGAGAGCCAGCGAAGGCAAAUGCUGAGUAACCAGACAGCAUGGAGGAAAGCUAACCUGGCUUGUAAACUAGCCAUAGACAACAUGGAGAAGGACGAGCUGCUGCAUGGACGAGACAACCAGAGCACCAGACAGAGGAAGGUGACCAAAGAAAGCCUUGUGGAAACCAGCAGCAACAUCACUGAGAGUCUCAUGUCCAUCAGCAGGAUGAUGGCUGAACAGGUGAAGCAGAGUGAGGACACCAUCGGCAUGCUGGCCACCUCCUCCAGGACGGUGCAGGAAACCAACGACGAGUUCAAAAACAUGACAGGGACCAUUCACCUCGGGAGAAAACUUAUUCUGAAAUACAACCGGCGGGAGCUGACUGACAAGCUGCUUAUCUUUCUGGCUCUGGCCCUCUUCCUCGCCACCGUCCUCUACAUCCUUAAGAAACGUUUCUUCCCUUUCUUAUAGCUGCUGUGCCUUGAAGGGGCACACACCUAGGCUUCAGAAAGAAUGUUUUCCAGCUAUUUUACUCAGCGUUAAGCUACCACAAGGAGCAGGUGGGGAGUCGAAGCACAGAGAGUUAGAAGCAGUGCUGAGACUGCACUACACCACAUAAAGGUGAAAACAUUUGGCACCUUCAUUUUUAGAUUAAAUUACAGUAUGCAACAUGGGUUUAUAAAUGGGGUAUUAAGGGUUUUGUAAGAUCA